GUUUAUUUACUUUCAAGGUUACGAUGCCUCACUCGACUCUUACGGAUUGUGACAGAUACGAAGAAGGUGAUUUAUGUACGGAAAAAAAGCAUCUUUGGUCUAGUCUACUCGAAGAGGUUACACACAAGGCUGCAGUGACAUUGUCUCCCUCCAAAACUCUUGUUGUUUUGGGUGAUGACGAGUGUGGGAAAACUACUCUAAUAGCUCGACUUCAAGGUACAGAAGAUCCAAAAAAAGGUUUUGGACUUGAGUACACUCUUUUGGAUAUCAAGGAUGAAGACAGAGAUGGUAUGGAUCGGUUUAAUUCGGAUGUUUUUGCACCGCCUAGAUCAAACGAAGCUGAAUGUGUGGAUUUUGGAUGGCAACACAGUUCAUAGUCAUCUUUUAAAGUUCGCGAUCAAUGAAGAAUCGUUCGGAGACUGCUUCAUCAUGAUAUGUGUGAGCAUGAUGGAACCAUGGAAUAUUAUUAGCAGCUUAAAUAAGUGGGUUGGUAUCUUAAGAGAACAUAUUGGUAAUCUCAAAGUUUCAAAUGAGAAGCUUCAAGAAUACAAGAAAAAUAAAAACAGAUUGGCAAGCGUUUUUCUGUCAGCAGUUUUGUAUGGUACCCCGAUUAUUUUGUUUCGAGCAAAAUUAUUGUAGUCCAAAAAAGCCUUUUCAAUAACUGCUGCUUACCCUAAACAGUUUCUACGAUAGAUAUAAAGUGGAUGAUUAUUUUGCGCCAAUUCUGUAGUUAUCUAGAACCUGAUGUACUAUCUAACACUGCUCAUGUCGCGCCCAUGUGUAUCAGUCCAUCUGGCAAUCAUCAACCUAAUGGACUUGUUUCACCGAAAAAGUUAUCGGGAAUACACCCUGCAACUGCUGCUCUUCUCUCAAGCACAUUAAACUCACUAUCCGAAACUGCGUCUCAGCCACCGUCUGUUAUAAAUGUCGAACAAGCAAACAUUUCUAUGGAGACAAACACUGAUGAAAAUGCUCUAAUCAACAAUUUGGGGAUUCCAAUAGUUGUAGUGAUGACAAAGGCUGAUUCUAUGGGGGCUCUGGAAAAAGAAAAUCAGUUCACAGAAGAACACUUUGACUUCAUUCAAAUGCAUGUUCGACGUUUUUGUUUGUCCUAUGGAGCGGCACUGUUUUAUGUGUCAGUAAAGGAGGACAAGAACUGUGAUUUGCUAAAUCGUUAUCUACAAAGUCGUAUCUACGGUUUUCCAUUCAGUCAAACUGCGUAUGUUGUCGAAAGAGACUGUAUUUUCGUUCCAGCCGGAUGGGAUAACCUAAAGAAAAUUGGAAUUCUUGAGGAAAACCUUACUCAAGUUCAACCGCAUAGUCUGUAUUCUGACGUAGUUCCUCCACCACCGUCGAAAAAAGCAGCAGUUCGCGAACCGGAACUAUUUACUCAAGAUGACCAAUCAUUUCUUACUCGCCUCUCGGUCAGUAUGCAAAGAGAUAAUGCUCAAGCAAAUAUUUCAAAUAAUACAAUAUCUGGUAAUUCGGAUUCUGUCAUGGAUCAGCUUGGAACAACUACUGCCUUGAUGAAUACAUCUUCCAAUGUUGGAAGUAGACCAGUUUCUGGAUCUCCUCGUACACCUGGUUCUGCUGGUAGAUCAAAGCCUCCUUCAGCUGUUGGUGGAGCUGCUGGGACAACAGGUGGACCUGGACCAGGGGCUUCUGAAGGUGUAUUAGCCAAUUUUUUCAACAGUCUGCUUAGCAAACGCACACCUGUUGUUGGUGGAGUUGGCGGUAUUGGUACAUCUGCAUCACUGAGUACACAAGGUUCUCUAGAUAGGACGUCGAUCUCACAAAAAGAUAUUCAAUCUGAGCUAAAGAGGUUGGCUCAAAGCUCUCGUGAAGCACUGGAUGUUGGAGACAAUGGUCCUGAACAGUUAUUGGGUGAUGUUCGACAACAAAAACUGGACGAAAUGAAAUCAGUUGUCUCCUCAUCUCCUAAACCGACUAAGACAACAUCUAGCACUAACGAGCAACCAAGUCAAGUUUAGCUAUGCAUUGAUUCUUAUUAUUUCCCAUAUUCUUGGUCUACGAAUUCGGUUAACAAUUCAGAUUAUCUUCAAUACAACGAACUGUAUGCUUUAAUAUAACAUUUUCAUUCUUC